AGCCCCAGCGGUUAGCGCAAGACCGCCAUAAAUGACUUUCAUUUUUACGAAACGACAGUGUUGUGACGCAAGAAGUUGAAUUGCUUCACUCUGUGGUUGCUCUAUCCGUUAUUUGGGGAAUUUUCUUCAGAAAUAGCUGCGUGAAUUCGAUCAAAGUUUGGCAAGAUGGUGAUGACAAGAAGCACCGCGGUUGGCUCGAUUGUGACCGGUUCAAUUAUGCUGGGUUUUGCCAUUAUCACAGUGAUCUGUGGCGCCAUUUCGUCGAGCAAGCUCUCUGGGGCAACAGCUGCUUCGGUCGGAUUAUGGGCGCUUUAUUUUGCUGUGCCAGGGGUACUCACGAUUGUUGCUGGGGCAAGCAAAAAUACCAUUGUGAUGGGCUUUGCUUUGUUCUUCAACAUCAUUGCCGUUAUCAUUUCGACGAUCGCAACGAUUGUUUUAAUCGUAUUCACAGCGGCGAUGAAUGAAGUUAUUAAGUACAAGAAUAGAACGAGUUACGGUUGCCACCCAACUGAUGAUGAUCGAUGCAAAUGCAAAUAUGGCGAUGAGUACGACAUUAGAGAUGAAACAUAUGAUAUGAAAUGCAGUGAUCUUGACACAAUUUACUCCGUAUUCAUUGCUUGUCUUGUUAUCUUCAUUAUCAUCACCAUCACCUGCUUCGCCGCAUCAAUCUUUGGCUGUAUGGGCACAUGCUGUGCUCCUGUUGAUCCAGUUGUUGUUGUCACCACAGGCGUCCCAGUGCAAUCUGCAGGAGGUACAGUUGUUGUUGCCACCAACCAAUCAUCGUCUGUCCAACAUGGCUACCCGGGAGGCAUGCCGCCCGCGUAUGGCUACGGUCAGCCGACACAGCCCCCAGCAUACGGGGACAAGAGUGGCCUCAUUAACAACAUGGCUAUUUGAAUAACACGCCAGGCCUUAAUUGUUUCCAUUUUUGUUGAGAUUUUAUAGAAUCACUUAUAUCAUUUAAUUUAGAUGGAUUUAAGGGAUUAUUCUAGUUCCAUAAGAAAGUAAGGUUUACAAGUAAAGUUUUGUCUGUAACACACAUUUGUAAUUACUGUUUUAGAUUUUUUUAGCUUGAUCGUGUACUUGGAUAUUCCGAAAUGUAAACUUGCAUGGAUUUGUAGUACAAUACAUUAAAUCAGUCAGGA